AUGUCCUCAUCCUCCUCGAAGCGCCACUCCAUCCUCCCGCCCGUCGCCCAGGCCGGCCCGAAGGCCCCCGUCCGCUUCUCCAGCUCCCUCGUCAUCUCCGACUCGGCCAUCCUCACCGGUGCCCACACCAUCCAGCUGCGAACCGAGAGCCUCGUCCACCCGCGCGCCAAGAUCGAGUCCCUGGGAGGCGGCGUCGACAUCGGCAAGCGGUGCGUGGUGCAUGAGCGGACACACGUUGGCGUGCUCCCUGCAGGGGACAGAGGGGCCGGCAAGGGGAGCGGGACUGCGGUAACGAUAAUGGACUAUUGUACCGUCGAGGUCGGGUCGACGAUCGAGGCCGGCGGUACGGUCAUUGGAGAGGGCACGAUCGUUGGAGUGGGCAGCCGAAUUGGGAGCGGUGCGGUUGUUGGGAAGUACUGUACGCUCUCUCCAUCCACGACUAUUGCGCCGGGCGAAACGGUCCCGGACUACACCGUCGUUUUCUCUAACGGAUUGCACCGGCGCGACAAGCGCGACGUGGUGGACAUCAGGACCAGGGCCCAGGCCAGGCAGCUCGAGGUCCUGCGGAAGCUGAUACCCAGCAAUCCAUCCAAGUUUCAGUGA